AUGUCCGCCGUCAAAAGUAUUGUUUUGGCCUUGACUGCAGCGGCUGGUGCCACCGCUUCCUCUGGAUCCAAUGCCCACGCAAGAAGUGAUGUGCUCACCGUCGGUGUUCUUGGCGAUUACGGUUGGACUGGCUGGGAGCCCGCUUCUCUCAACUUUUGUAACAAUGUGAUGCCCCGCCUGAUUGCCAAUGGCAUCACUAUUCCUCGCGAGCUCCAGAAUGACUGUGAUGCUGGUGACCGUGGAAACAUCGCCAAUGCCACCGCAGAGCAAACUACCACCGCAUCUUAUAUCGGCAAGGUUUGCACAAUGAAGAACUGCAGUGCCAUCAUCUCCGUCGGUGAUAACUUCUACUCCAGCGCCAUUGACUUCACCACUGAGGGUGUUAGUCGGUUUGAGCAGGCUUGGUCCAAAAUGUACGAUGGCGGAAUCUUCAACAACACUCGCUGGUACCAAACAUUGGGUAAUCACGAUAUUGUCAAGGGUCAAGCAGGUGUGGACUUCCAGACCAAGAUAGCCCCUCUCUAUGACGAUAGAUGGUAUUUCGGUACUGAGGGACUUCCCUAUUAUACUUACGACUUGACUGGAAAGGACUGGAAGGCUACCUUUGCAGUGGUGGACUCUGAUUGCUUCAUCAACGCCUACCAAAAGAACACCUCAGUCUACCAGAACGACUAUACCCUAUCUUGCCACAAAGACAAGCAGGUCCAGGUCGACUUUGUUGAGCAGGCCUUCGCCAAGUCUGAUGCUCAGUGGAAGUUCCUGCAAAUUCACCACGGCUAUGUCUCCUCUAGCACCAACUUCACUGAACUUGCUCCCUUUGUUGAGAUCGUUGAAAAGUACAAUGGCAUUGUUGUUAAUGGCCAUGAUCACUGUCUCGCUCACUAUUACUCCAACAACACCAACUUCAUUCUCACCGGUGGUUCCGGAUACGCUGAGCCUGGAGAUUGCAACAACGGAGUUGCCUUGGGCCCCUUUGCCAAGUUCCUCGGUGCCAACUCCCAGGGCGCCGGUAACGGUUUCGUCACCAUGGACAUCAGCAAGAAGUCCGUCAACGUUGAGUACUACGCCCGCGAUAUGUCCUAUGAAGGAGGUGACCUAUAUCCUGUCAAGAACCAGAUGAAGCCUAUCUACUCGUUCGUUGUCGCUACUAAGAAUUGA